UUUCUUUAUUUGCCCAAUUGGCGUAGUUUCUCACACUCCUCCAACUUCCCCCACUCUCUCUUCUUCCUCCCGCCUCCACCUUCAUUUUUCCGCUUCUUCUUCUUUUAAUAUGCUGCUUGGCAAACGCCCUCGUCUUCCCAUCAAGAGAACUACCAGUAUGACCGGAAUCAGAGGGGAUAUCCCCGACGUCGAAUUUGAAGAACAACCCUCAUCCGAUCAGAUCAUCAACAACCCCGGCGGCGGCUACGAUCUUCACCACCCCAUCCCCCCGGUUUCACUUCCUCAUAAUACCACCGCCAUUAAUUACUCCGCCUUGGUUUCUCCUCGAAAUUUAAGAGAUCAGUCCCCACCUAACGAUCACUUCCUCCGCACGUGCGGUCUCUGCAAACGCCGCCUCGCUCCGGGCCGUGAUAUCUACAUGUACAGAGGGGACACCGCGUUUUGCAGUUCGGAGUGUAGAGAGAAGCAAAUAAAAGAAGAUGAGAGAAAAGAGUACGGAGGGAAGAAGAAAGAGGAGCGGCAAGCGGCGGGGAUGGGGGUAAGGGGGUCGAGGAAGAAGGAAGCAGAGGGUGGAGGGAGGUAAUUAAUUAAGUAACGAUCGAUUAGAGUGGAAAUAUAAAAGUAAAAAAAAAAAAAAUAUUAUUGUGGGUAGAAGUAGAGCGGAGGGGUUUAUAUGUAUUUUAUAAUUACAUAAUAUAUGAAUGUAAUUCCAGUACCGACUCCGAUUCCGGCUGGGGCGGUGGUUGGUCACACGCCAGCUGGGUGGGGUGUUGGAGUAUGAGGUUACUAUAUGAUGAUGGGUAUAUUUUGGUAACUUUGUACAAAUGGAAUAUUUGGAAAAUCUUGAAAAAAGUAAAAAGGGAAAAUGAAAACAAAAAAACUAAAGGGAAAGGAAAAAUGCUGUGGGGAGAGGGGGAGGGGGAGGGGAAGUAUUAUUUAUUUGAUGUCGAUUUUGUAUUAGAUAUAUUGUAAUUUUAUGAUCUGGAACACUUCUAAGUUCUAACUACCUAGCUCUACAACACCCAUUAGAAAAUUAUUGUUUUUCUUUUUUAA